AUCUGUCUCUUACGAGUAAAAUAAGUCUUAGUGUUGAAAUUGAAAUAAGAUGUAAAGGUCAAGAUAAGAUUAUAAGGAAGAUAAAAAAAUAUCCCCGGUAAUAUUACAAAUUAAAUCACUUGCGUUCCUGACGAAUAUUCAGCCACUGGUAGAAAUGGGUGAUUCUAUUUUACUAAUUGGAGGUGGUGGUAGAGAACAUGCACUUGCAUGGAAAUUAUCACUGUCUCCUAAAGUUGAUCACAUUUAUGUUGCACCUGGAAAUGCAGGAACAGAAUCAAGUGAAAAAAUCUCAAACAUCAGCUUAGAUGUAAAAGACCAUGCACAGGUGUCUCAGUGGUGUGAGUCCAAAAAUAUUAGCCUUGUUGUUGUUGGACCUGAGGAUCCUUUAGCAAAUGGACUUUCUGACUCUCUUGCUCAAGCUGGGAUCCCUUGUUUUGGACCAUGUAAAAAAGCAGCUCAAAUUGAAGCUAGUAAAGAGUUUGCAAAACAGUUUAUGGAUAAAUACCAAAUUCCUACCGCACGUUGGAAAUCAUUUACUAAUGCUGAUGAAGCAAAAGAUCAUAUUUUAAAUGCUCCAUAUGAGGCACUAGUUGUUAAAGCUAGUGGCUUAGCUGCUGGAAAAGGAGUUAUCGUGGCUAGUUGUAGAGAAGAAGCUGUGAAAGCUGUGGAUGAUCUGAAGGAGGAUAAAGGAUUGGCAUCAGCUAGUCAAACUAUUGUCAUAGAAGAGCUGCUUUCUGGAGAAGAAGUGUCAGUAUUGUGUUUCAGUGAUGGAAUAACCAUUUCUGUGAUGCCUCCAGCUCAAGAUCAUAAACGCCUUCUUGAUGAUGAUAAAGGACCCAACACAGGAGGAAUGGGUGCUUAUUGUAGGUGUCCAUUGGUAAAUUCUGAAGAACUUGAGUACGUCAAAGAACACAUUUUACAGAAAGCUAUUGAUGGCAUGAAGAAAGAUGGCACACCAUAUGUUGGAGUUCUUUAUGCUGGAUUGAUGAUAACAAAGAAUGGUCCUAAAGUUUUAGAAUUUAAUUGUAGAUUUGGUGAUCCUGAGACACAGGUUAUAGUACCUCUGCUGAAAUCAGAUCUAUAUGACAUAAUGCUUGCUUGCGUCAAAGGUACUUUAAGUAACAUCAAAGUGGAAUGGUCACCCAAUAGCUAUGCUGCUGGGAUUGUUCUCGUUAGUGGUGGUUACCCUGGAAGUUAUCCUAAAGGCAAAGUAAUAGAAGGAUUGGAUAAAAAUGAAGGAGUGUACUUAGUUUUCCAUGCAGGAACUGCAAUAAGUUCUGAUAAAGUAGUAACCUCUGGUGGCAGGGUAUUGGCAGUAGUUGCUAUGGGUCUUAACUUACAAGAUGCUGUUUACAUAGCACUUGAAGGCUGUAAAGUUAUUAAUUUUGAAGGAAAAUAUUAUCGUUCUGAUAUUGCUAAGAAAGCUUUUCGAAGAGGUCAACAUUUUGAAGGUAUAACAUAUAAAUCAGCUGGUGUUGAUAUUGAUUCUGCAGAUGAUCUUGUUCGAAAAAUCAAAGUUCUCACCAAAGAAACAGUCAGACCAGAGGUUUGUGGGGGUAUUGGUGGAUUCGGAGGAAUUUUUGAACUUUCCAACUAUAUUGACCCAAAUCUUGUCUCCAAAGUGAGCAACAUUGGUGAUAAAUUGAAGGUUGCUCAAGAAUGUUCUAAAUAUGAAUCUGCUGGCUAUGAUUUAGUUGCAUUAGCAGUCAAUGAAAUUCUUUCUUCUGGUGCUGAACCUUUAUUUUUCUUAGAUACUUUUACAUGCGGAAAGUUAAAUACUGAAGUGGCUGCUGAAGUCAUUACUGGUAUUGCUAGAGGAUGCAAAGAGAGCCAUUGUACUCUUAUUGGUGGAGAAACUGCAGAAAUGCCUGGAAUGUAUAAUGAUGGAGAUUUUGAUUUAACUGCCUUUGUAAGAGGAGCUGUUGAAAAAUCUCGUUUGCUUCCUAGAAAAUCUGAAAUAUGUGAGGGCGAUGUUGUAAUCGCAUUGCAUUCUUCAAGUCUCAGUUCUAAGGCUAUUAGCAUCACUAAAAAUUUGAUGCACACUCUAGGUCUAACAUAUUCUGACAUUGCACCAUUUGACGGCAGUCACACUUUAGCAGAUAUUCUUCUGAGUUCCAAUAUUAUUUAUAUUCAGAACUUACUUCCUUUAUUAAGAAAAGGUUCUGUCAAAGGAAUGGCUUAUUUGCUUAAAGAGGGCUUAGCUGAAAGUGUUAGUAAAGUCUUACCAGAAGAUUACAGUUGCGUUCUUGAUAUGAAGAAUAUUACCAUCCCGUCACUUUAUAAUUGGCUUACCAAAAAUAUAAAUAUUUCGGAGGAAGAGCUGAAAGAUUUCAACUUUGGAAUAGAUUUCCUCUUGAUUGUUGAUAAAAAGUUGGGCAAUGAUGUGUAUCAAUAUUUGCAACAUUUUUAUAGUGGAAAAGUAUCAUUUGUUGGAAAUAUCACUAAAAAAUCUGUAGAAGAUUGUAAAAUUCAGUUGAAGAAUUUCCCAUUAAAGCAACAAUCUAUAGUUACUAAGAAGAAGGUGGCAAUAUUCACAUCAAAAGAAGGGACAAAUAUGCAGGCUUUAAUAAACUAUGCAAAAAGCCCUACUACCAUGAGUUAUGAGGUAUCUUUAGUACUCUCUCUUGAAGAAUGUGAAAAUAUUACAAAGGCUAGAGAGUUGAAUAUUCCUACUAAGGUUCUAAACAAUACAGGAUAUGAUCUAGAUUCAACAAUCUAUGAGGCAGUGAAAUCGUAUAAUAUUGACUUGAUAUGUUUGGAUGCAUUUAAAAAGGAGUUUUCAAGUUCCUUUUUAAAUGUUUGGAAAGGAAAAAUUUUAAAUAUUCAUUCUUCUAUGUUACCAUCAUUUGAUUGCUCAGAUCCAGUCAAGGAAGCUUUACUUUUUGAUGCAAGAAUCACUGGUUGUACUGUUUAUUUGGUUCAGGAAAAUGGAAAGUUUGGAAAAAUAUUGAAGCAAUGUGCUCUGAAAAUCGAACCUUAUGCAACUCAAGAAUCAUUGUGUAAAAAUAUCAGACGGGUGCAACAGUUGAUCUAUCCAAAAGUUGUUGAUGUGUUUCUGUCCAAUAAAAAGAAUGAAGAGGUUAUUUCAAAAAUAUAUGCAACUGGUCUAGAAAAAUCAAAUAAGAAAUUUCAUGAUUCUGUGGAAAGUAUAAUGAAAAGCACAUGUCGACCAGGAUUCGAUAGAAGUUCUGACAGUGGCCUAUUUGAUUUGAAAGCUUCAGGUUACCAAUCUCCUUACUUAGUCUCAGGAACAGAUGGUGUUGGUACUAAAUUAAAAAUUGCCCAAGCAUGUGAUAAGCAUGAUACAAUAGGCAUUGAUCUUGUUGCAAUGUGUGUAAAUGAUAUAUUAACACAUGGUGCAGAACCUCUUUUCUUCAUGCAGUCAUUUGAUUGUGGAGUCCUUAAUCCUGAUUUGGCAUUAAGCGUUAUAUCUGGAAUUGCAGAAGGCUGCAAACAAGCUAAUUGUGCCCUAGUAGAGAGUGAAAUCAAUGAAUUGCCAGAUAUAUAUUUUAAUGCUAACCAAUGCAUUCAAAAUAGUGAAAAUUAUGAUGUGGUUGGUUACGCUGAGGGAGCUCUUCAAAAAGAAAAUCUUUUACCAAGAUCAAAUGAUAUCCAAGAAGGAGACAUUGUCAUUGGAGUUGCAUCAUCUGGUGUUCACAGUAACGGUUACAGUUUGGUUCGAAAAAUAGUGGAACUGAAAAAUUACAGUUACAGAGACCCAUUUCCAUUAGAUAAAUCAACAACCAUUGGGGAAGCCUUAUUAACACCCACAAAAAUCUACGUUAAAUCUUUGUUGCCACUCAUGAGACAAAACUUGCUGAAAGCUGCCGCACACAUCACUGGAGGUGGUUUAACUGAAAAUAUCCCCAGAGUUUUACCCAAAUCAUUGAAAGUUGCUUUAGAAGGGGAUAAAUGGGAAAUGCCCCCUGUACUCCAGUGGAUUGCAAAGGAAGGUCAAAUGUCAGAAAAAGAAAUGUUAAAAACAUUUAACUGUGGUAUUGGCAUGGCAUUGAUUUUGGAAAAGAAAUAUGAAAAUGAAGUUCUGAAAGCUUUAAGAAACAGUGGAGAAAAGGCUUUUACAAUCGGUUGUGUGAAGCAAUUAAAAGAAGGAGAAGAAAAAGUAGAAGUGAAGAACUUUAAAUUGUCUUCUAAUCUUAGUGUAGAAGAAAAAGGAGGAAAGAAGAAAAAAGUUGGAGUUCUAAUAUCAGGCUCAGGAACAAAUCUUCAAGCCCUUAUUAAUCAUACCCAAAAUCCCUACAACUGCAGUCAAGCUGAAAUUGUUUUGGUUGUUUCAAAUGUUCCCGAUGUUGCAGGUUUAAAAAGAGCUCAUAAUGCUCUCAUUCCAACAAAGGUUCUUAGUCAUAAAGGAUUCAAGACCAGAGUUGAAUUUGAUAUGGCCGUGCAUUCUCUUUUAAAAGAAGCUGGAGUAGAAAUAGUGUGUCUAGCUGGGUUUAUGAGAAUACUUUCAAAGGAAUUUGUGCAGUUAUGGCAAGGGAAGUUAUUAAAUGUUCAUCCAGCUAUUUUGCCAUCUUUCAAAGGAGUUAGAGCUCAUAGACAAGCUCUUGAGGCAGGGGUUAAAAUUACAGGAUGCACUGUACAUUUUGUGGAGGCUGAAGUUGAUGCUGGAGCAGUCAUCGAGCAAGCUGCUAUAAAUAUUGACGAAAAUGAUAAUGAAGAAACUUUGCAGGAAAAAGUUAAAGUAUUAGAACAUACUAUCUUUCCGAUUGCAUUGGAACUUCUUGCUAGUGGUAGAGUUUCUAGAAGUCAGGAAGGAAAACUAAUCAGAAAUUCCUAAAUAUGUUUUGUGUAAAAAGAAAAUUAAACUUCAGGAAGUCAAGUGCCUUAUUUGAAAGUCAUCCUGAUUAAAAAUGGAUCAAAAUUGUAUCCAAAUUCAAAAUAUGAUUGUAUCCAAACCAUCAUAGAACCAACACUUGUGUUUUACUUACAUUUGAUUUUUUUUUAAAAUUAAUGUUACCAGGAACUGAUAAUUUACUGAUCACUUUAGUAAGAUUCUAAAAUAUAUAUUUACACAUUUUUUUAGUUUGUUUUAUACUGUACAAUUUGGUCUUUCAAAAAUUCUAUUUUUUAUGUUUUUGUUUUGUUUGUUACUUUAUUGUCUCCAAUGAAAUAUAUAGAAUUUUGGAUUUCUAAAUUAAAAAGUGUUCAGAUAUAUCCAUCAUUUUCUUAACAUUCCAUAAAAUAUUUUUAUAUACUUUUCAUUUUGAACUUGGUGCUAAAAUUAUUGUUUUCAAAUUAAAAACAUCUACCAAAUACUUAUCCAUUCAAAAAAUUUUGUAACACAGAACUUUCAGAAAUUUAAAAAAAAAAAAAAUGUUGACGUUUUUAUGAGAGAAAUGAAUUGCUCAAAUAUUUUUUAAAUGACAUUUUAUAUUGUUACAACAAUUAUUACUAUUUUGAUAAAUGUUAUUGUAAAAAAGUGUUUCAAUUUUUUUCAUUGAAAUAUGUAAAUAAAGUUUUGAUUUGUA